AUGGCGGUGGGGCCGAGGCUGGCGCAGGGGCUGGGGCUGCUCCCGGCGCUGCUCCCGGGGCUGCUGGUGGUCACCGUGGUCUCUGCUGCCCCACCGGGCCCCGCUGAGCCCCACGUCUACCUGAGCAGCUGGGCUGUGAGGGUGGCAGUGGGGCUGCGGGAGGCCGAGAGCCUGGCCCGGCGGCACGGCCUGCUCUGCCUGGGGCAGGUGAUGGAAGGAGAACCUUACUACCACUUCAAACACCGAGGCACCAGGCAGGAAGCCCUGAGCAGGCACUGGGGCUGGCACAUGCGCCUGGCCAAAGAGCCAAAGGUCCUCUGGUUUGAGCAGCAAACCGUCAAGAGGCGAACGAAGAGGAGCAUCAGCGUGGUGCCCACAGACCCCUGGUUCCACAAGCAGUGGUACAUGAACAACGACAUCAAUCCGGACCUGAACAUCCUCAGUGCCUGGAGCAAAGGCUACACAGGGCUGGGGGUCGUGCUGACCAUCCUGGACGAUGGGAUUGAGAAGGACCACCCGGACCUGUCUGCCAACUAUGAUCCUCUGGCAAGUUAUGAUUUCAACAGCAACGACCCUGACCCCCAGCCCAGGUACACCCCUGAGGAUGAGAACCAGCACGGCACUCGCUGCGCUGGAGAAGCUGCGGCCGCAGCCAACAACCGCAUCUGCGGAGCCGGCGUCGCCUACGAUGCCAGGGUGGGAGGGGUGAGGAUGCUGGAUGGUCCCAUCACAGACGUGGUGGAGGCUCAGUCCCUCAGCCUGAGGCCCCAGCACAUCCACAUCUACAGUGCCAGCUGGGGGCCCCUCGAUGAUGGCAAGACUCUGGAUGGACCUGGAGUGCUGGCAGCAGAGGCCUUCCACAGAGGGGUCACCAAAGGUCGGGGUGGCCUCGGCUCCAUCUUCAUCUUGGCCUCUGGCAAUGGUGGCAUCAACUCUGACAACUGCAACAGCGAUGGCUACAGCAGCAGCAUCUACACAGUGACUGUGGGCAGUGUGCUGGCAGGGGGGCAGAGGCCCUGGUUCAGUGAGAGCUGCUCUGCCAUCCUCACCACCACCUACAGCAGCGUGGCCACCAGCCAGGUGCAUAUUGUGACCACCGACCUGCACCACCGCUGCACCGACCGGCACAUGGGCACCUCCGCCUCGGCCCCGCUGGCCGCGGGCAUCAGCGCCCUGGCGCUGCAGGCCAACCCAGCCCUGACCUGGCGUGACCUGCAGCACCUCCUGGUCAGGAGCUCCAGAGCUGCUCACCUGCAGGCAGAGGACUGGGCUCACAACGGGGUGGGACGCAAAGUCAGCCACUACUAUGGCUAUGGGCUGCUGGAUGCUGGGCUGCUGGUGGAGAUGGCCAAGGCAUGGCCAGGAACUCGGCCUCAGCGGAGCUGUUCGGUCAGAGCCCUUCACAGCCCUCAGCACAUUGGCUCCCAGCUCACCAUCUCCACAGACAUCUCCUCCUGCCUGGGAGGGACCAAGCACAUCCUCUCGCUGGAGCACGUCCAGGUCCAGCUGUCCCUGAGCUACAGCCGCAGGGGGGACCUGCAGCUGGCCCUCACCAGCCCCAUGGGGACCACGUCCACGCUGAUGACUGUUCGCCCCUAUGACACCAGCCAGCAGGGCUACAAGGACUGGACCUUCAUGUCCACACACUUCUGGGAUGAGAACCCCAAUGGGACCUGGACCCUCAGCCUGGAGAACAAAGGUGAUGCCUACAACACAGGCCUGCUGACCAGCUUCAUCCUGCACCUCUAUGGCACGGAGGAGGACCUGAGGAGCAGGCACCUGGCAGCCACCGACCCCUGCCUGCGCCGGGACGGGCAGGGAGCGUGCCAGGCCUGCAGAGGUUCCUUGUUUGCCUUCCAGAGCUCCUGCCUGACCUACUGCCCCCCGCGGCACUACGGCCGGGGCCGGCCUGCCGCCCAGCUCUGUGCCCCCUGCCACCCCUCCUGCUACGCCUGCCAGGGGCCCUCAGCCCACGACUGCACCUCCUGCCCCCCUGCCCACACCUUCCAGGAGCUCACCCACUCCUGCUCCCCUCUGCAGGGCUUCCCCCCCAAGGAGGGGCUGCAGAGGGUCCUGCUGCCUGCCUUCUUCUGUGGCACCCUGCUGCUCUCAGCCGUGCUCUGUGCCACCUACCGAGAGCCGAGUCGGAGCCUGGAGGCUCGGUGA